AUGGUCAGGCGACCCCGCGGAACCAGAGCCUUGUCAAGCAACGAGCAACGUGUUACCGUCAAUGAUCAACACGAUUCCUCGAGCCGCUGGGAUGAUCUUGAUCCUCCUGAAGCCUGCGAGGGAAGUUCCGAACAUGGGCGCAUCUCUGAGUACAGCUGUUACGCAGGUGUCGGCGGUGGUGAUGAUGACGACGCGCGCGUCUUGUUUGGCGUCACCACCGACGACCUGCGACAGCCGCAUACCCAGACUGCCAUUUCGUUUUCUUCUAGCUCGCAGGAGUUGGGAAUUGUCCACUCGGCGUCGGGGAGCCUUCAUGGCGCUCAGCAUGACAGCCGCUCAACCCUCACAACCUCCCCAACAUACCUCGACGUUCCCUACUCUCCUCUGCAGGAUGAGGAGACCCUUCCGUGGGAAGGGACCCCGAUUCCGGCAACGAACAUCUCCCCUCCAGCCCACCGCAACGACACGCCGGCCGAACCCGAGCCAUCUUUUUCUCUGGAAGACUAUCUCGUCACGUUCUCGGACGACGGCGAAUCCUCUUCGAACGACAACGGCUCCUUCUCGUCCCCGGAUGGCGGCGAAGUCUCCUCCAACAAUAUGAUUUCGCCCUCGCCCUCCUCUGCCUCCUCCUCCAGAGCCCAACCCACACGGCAUGCUUGCAAAAGCUGUCCAACGACCUGUGGCAGCAGGGACUCGCUGAAGCGCCACGAGAGAGAACAGCAUAGCGCUACCAAGCCUUACCGAUGGCAGUGCCCCUUCAAGAAUUGCAAGAAGCAGGGAUGGGUCUAUGAUCGGAGGUACAAUGCGAAGAGGCAUGUUGUUAGAGCCCAUCCGACCUUCCCCUCUUCAAAAAUCCCGGAUUUGCUGGAGUCUUUGCCGGAAUGA